CGAAUCCAAAACACAAAUCAUAUUCAUGAGCUCCAGUUCCCUUACGACCGCGGACAUCCAUGCCACCAGUGCGGCCGCUACGACGCAACCGUGUCUUCAUGGAGAUCCGAUCCGUGGUGGUGUGCCUGAAGCCGUCCUUGCUUCAACUUCCAUCGCAUCCGAGCAAGUCCCGUGGCGCGCAAUCGCCACCGCGACCGCUGUCAAGACACUGCUCGAGAUCUUGCGCCCGUUUUCCGACUACGUUCAGCCAUUUGUCGCGAUCUUUGUGCUCGCUAUGUCGACCCAAGUCAUCCUAGGUGUCUAUGUCCUCGGAGCAGCGUGCAUGGUCGUCCUGGACCAUCGCUUCCGCGGGUUCAUCGCGGCGGAGACGAGCUCGGCAUCGCUGCUAUGCAUCACCCUCAUGUGUGCCAAGACGUCCGUCGAUGUCGCUACUUCCAACGGCGACGCGACGCCGCUCCACACCCUUUUCAAACCAUUCGCAGACCCGACCACCCUCGCCGACAUGGUGUGGACGGUCCUGAUCAAAUGCCUCGUGCUACGUCUUGUCAUGCACAGCGUCGUGACAUUCGCUGGGCUCGUCCUCGAGUGGCAGCGCGCAAGUACCCUCGACCAACUCACCACCCGCCUCGCGUUCUACUUCACCCCUCGACUCCCAAUUGCUCGCACUGGUGCCAGUGCCGUCCGCCGCGCCGCCGCCGCCGCCCCGUUCGCGAGUUGGUUUAGCUUUGGCGCCACACGACGAUCCACGGCCGUCCAGCCGUUCACCGCGGCCUAAGAAGCGAUCCAGCCCCGACGACGACGACCCCAUCCAAUUCAGUUUAUCAUAGGAUUGAAUGCACAGUUAAUCCGUUGAAUAUUAACGCGGUCAGAUGGAU